UGGGGUGGUACAAUGUGGCUGGAAGGUCCUCCUGCUCUCACAGGACACAUGAGAGCUGAGCAAAGUCGGAGCAAACUGAACCAGAGUUAGUGUUGAAGUCAGUCUACCUCCCAAAGUGACCAUGAGAGUCCUCCUGCUAAUCUGCAUGCCAGUUCUGCUGCUCGCCCAGGCUCAGUACCAGGAACGAUAUCCUUUUUUGGAGGACUAUGGGCCAGAUUAUUUUCCAGAGGGUGCAAAUCCCGACCCUCCUUCCGGAACCUUCCAGCAGCAGGUCAGAUUGGAUACUCUGGUCCGUCCAGAAAAAUCAGAGUCUGAGUUGGAGACGGAGCCCACGGAGCCAGGACCUCUUGAUUGCAGAGAGGAGCAGUAUCCCUGCACCCGACUCUACUCUGUUCACAAGCCAUGCAAGCAGUGCCUCAACAGCCUCUGCUUCUACAGUUUGAGACGAGUGUACGUCAUCAACAAGGAGGUCUGCGUGAGGACUGUGUGCGCACAUGACGAGCUGCUCAGAGCGGACAUGUGUCGUGACCAGUUCUCUCGCUGUGGCGUGGCGGCGCUGAGUGGACAGUGCGCAUCACUAGGAGGAACCUGUGGAAAGAGCUGUGGUGGCUGCUGAUGGAGCACUGAGAUCAGGGACAGACCACCCGCCCAGAUACUGCCGCUUGUCUACAACUCGUCCACAUCCUCUGACUUUGUCCUCCUGCCUCUUUUUCCUCCUCUUCCUCACUUCUCCCUCUGACUCUUCUAUACCAGACUUUUCCUCUGUUUCUCUUUAUUUCUCCACAUUUAUGUCUACCCAGUAGAGCCUGUGUGUAUGGUUAAAUAUACUCCAAAAGACAUUGAUGACAGUACUAAUCACUGGUGCUAUACAAACAUCACACUGGUGCUAUAAAGAGUUAACCUUUAGAGAUGCACAUAAAACUGCAGAACAUCUAUUUUUUUUUUUGCCAUAUUGUAUCACAUUAAUCUCAUGCUUUGUGUUUGUUGAUAUGUUACUGUACUUGUGUUGAGAAGCAGUCAUUGUCAAGAUGAUCAGCUCAUCAGCGGUGGCCACUGUGCUCUGACAUCAGAGAAACACUGAUCAGUAUCCAGCCGUCAGCAGUCUCAUGGUUGAAGAUCGUGAGAUAUGUGAAGAGACAGGUGGUGAGUGACCUCAGUUUUUGCACUUCUGCCACGUGGAUCUGAGCUUAGCAACCAAGCAGCAAGCGAAAAAUAUAUAGAAUUAUAUUCCAGUGGCAACAAGUGCUCUGAAAAGGCAUCUCACAAGCGGCCUCUGUACUACUGCUUUGUAAAACUGUCACUAUAAAGACUGAGAAAAAAAUUAAAACUUUUUUUUUUACUACAA